UCCUGUUCUUGUGGAGUAUAAGAAUAGUGGCGAUUCGCUCGGCUUGUUGCGGCGGCUCCUCAAGCUUGGUUUCCUCCUCUCAAUUCGCAUUAUCUGCUUUUUUCACUCUUUGCGAUGUCUGCUCCCGAUUCUCCUACCAAAGUCCUGCUAGUCGGCGCCGGUGCGCUGGGCAGCGUCUACGCUUGGCGCCUGGACGUCAGCAGCAAGAUCCAGGUCACGACUGUGUGCCGGUCAAACUACGAGACCGUCAAGGAAAACGGCUUCCACAUCAUCUCGCAUGCAUUUGGUGACGAGGUCUACCGCCCGCACAAGGUUGUGCGCACUAUCGACGAGGCUGUUGCCGACGGAGACGUUUACGACUUUGUCAUUGUGUGCACCAAGGCGCUGCCGAACCUAGGCGAUACCUCGUCCAUCAUUGCACCGGCGGUUCGGGACCCGCGCACGAUCAUCAUGCUGAUUCAGAACGGCAUUGGGAUUGAGGAUCCGUAUGCUGCGCGGUACCCAAACAACCCCAUCGUCAGCACCAUCGCCUAUAUCGAUGCCAGCCAGCCCACCGAUGGCACGAUCGAUCAUGGCAACUUUGCUGUGCUGGACAUGGGUCUGUUCAGCCCCACGACAGCCAAUUACGACGUGGAUUCGGCAAUGGCUCGUGUCAAGGACCUGUGCCAGGUGUGGGGCGACCACGGGGUCGUGUACAAGUUCUCGGAGGAUAUCCAGAAAGCGCGCUGGGCGAAGCUGGUCUGGAACGCAUCGUUCAACACGGCCUCAGUGGUCUCGGGUGGCAACGAUACACAGCAGAUGUUGGCGAAUCCUGAAUGCAAGGCACUGAUCCGUAGUAUGAUGGUCGAGGUGUACAAGGCUGGCGAGGCAGUGACGGGGGCAAGCUGCCUGCGCUCAAUGGUCGGUCUGGUCCUGAUCAGGUCAUCGAGGACACAGAGACACGUGCUGUGACCGUCAUCCCGUCGAUGCUAAUGGAUUUCCGCGGGAAGCGGCCGAUGGAGCACGCGGUGAUCCUGCGUAAUCCGAUCGAGCUGG